AUGAAGAUCCCUGUGACUCUCUUGAUCUUAUUUUUCUUUUUGUUCGGAAUCGUCCUCUCCGAAUCUGACAAACAACCGAAUGUUACCCAAGAGCCGGAAUGCCAAGGUCUCCGUGUCGUUUAUCCAGCCCGCCCGGGAAUCACUUAUUCAAUAAAUAAAUCUUAUAACAUAAAAAUUCGUCGCAGCCCAACUUUUAGUAAUGUCCAAUACAUUAAGUUGGUUCAACUUUGGGGAAUUGAUAAUACGACUGGUAGACAUUUCUAUGUGAAGACUUUAUGGGGGGGUCAACAAAAUGUGACUCCAGGUGGUGAAGUUAGAAUCAGAGUGCGAUUCAAUGGUUCCUUUGUAACAAAAAAUCGUCAAUUUUACUAUAGAAUUUAUUCAAAAACAACCGAAGGAUUCGCUGACUGUUUUAUUAGAAGUGGUACCUUUUACAUUGUCUCAUAG